AUGCUCCUUUGGUUGUCGGGGUGUGGAUGCCUGCAGGUCGGGAGCGGAGCUCCAGCGGCCGGGCGCUCCCGUAGGCGUGGCUGGCGCGCGGGGACCGCGGAGCGCAGGGAUGGGGGUCACGGUGGACGUGCACCAGGUGUACAAGUACCCCUUCGAGCAGGUGGUCUCCAGCUUCCUCCGAAAGACUUUAGGAGGCUAGAAGUGGAAAUUCAGGGUGCCAGCUCCAGAAGAAGGCUUUCUUUCUCUGUCAGCUCUGGGGGAAGCUCUUGUCAUCAAUUUUCCCCUGGUCGAGGAGCUUCUCAAGUACAGGGACCUCGAGUUCAAAGGACAUGCUCCCGUCUUGGUUCUACAUUCUUGGUGGUGGAGUAUCCCAACCCCAUGGAUAAAAAUGUCCUCUCUGUGAAAAUUGUGGAGGAAAAAAGAGAUGUUUCAACAGGAAUCAUCUAUAGGAAGAGGAUUGCAGUCUGUCAGAAUGUGAUUCCAGAAAUUUUAAGGAAGCAUCCUGGUGGUACUAUACUGGAAAAAGGUGAGCAUUUUAAAGAUACCCAGUAUCCAGUUAGAAGAGGAAUCAUGGCUCAAUCCUCAGGAAAGAAGCAUGGCUAUACGGAGUCACUGCCUUACAUGGACACAAUACGCAUCCAUGAAGGAAGAGUCUGUCUUCCGGGAAAGUGUGGAAAAUCCAAAUUGGACAGAGUUCAUUCAAAGAGGCAGGAUUUCAGUUACUGGGGUUGGAUUUCUCAACUACCUUUUGGAAACUUUUGCCAGCACAUUCUUAAAACAGGGUGCACAGAAGGGUAAAGAUAACUGAAGUCUCUGGAGAAUGAGGUUGCUGACUAGAGUGCACACAAACAACCCCUGGAGUGGAAGCCUACAAUGAGGCAACGGUGACAAUACCUGGAGUAUAACAUGAACUGCCUGAGCUGAAAUAUGUUAAGGCCAAUUAUAGACAUCCUGACAAUUAGAUACCAAGUAUCAACUCCUGAAACAAAAGCAUGAUAUGUUCAGCCUUUAGAAAUGUUCAGUAUGAAACAAGGUUUUAGUUGUAUGUUUAACACAAGGAGUGAAUGUAAAGUUUUAGAGAAAGGCUUCUUGACCCAUGAUCUGGUUUUCUUACUUCACCUCUUAGACCCUUAAUUUCCUUAGUCUCUAAAAUGCAGUGAUAGUAGUCCUACUUCAUCGGGUUACUUUAAGGAUUAAGUGAGAUUACAUACAUAAAACAUGCCUCACACAUAGAAAA